AUGAGGAUACAAGGGCAUCCUACAGAGGAGAGGCACCCCUCUGCUGCCAUGAUAUCAUCUAAAAUAGCUAAGUUGUUACAUGGCCCCCCAACACAAAGACUAAAUUUAGACUAUAUUUUCGAGAACUUUAUUGAGUAUUUUACACGUUGCCACACAUUACUGCCGGGAGAAUUAAGAGUACUCCUGUGCGACUCUGCUGGACAAGGACACCUGGAAACUUGCACCUGGUUUCUCCUGGAUUUGACACUGGGGAGCUGCUUCCUCAAACUCCUGUCAACUAAGCUUUCUGUGAUCUGUCAGAGGAGGGAGAAGCUGCUGGGGCCUGAAGGGACAAGCGCCAACUUGCAGAAAGGAGACCCUGGAACGCCAGGCAGAACAUCACUCCCCAGUCAUCCUGUCCUCUCGGUAAUGAUGCUCAAUGGGCUCACAGCUGCUUCUCCCGCAGGACACAAUUUCAGUGUCAUUGUGGAGGUAGAGAAUGCCACACAGAAAGAGGACCCAAAGCCAAGGAGGCAGCAGACUGCAUCUUCUGCCAAUGAUGUGAUGUUCUCAAAAAGAAUCCAGGUUGCUCUAGCUAGAGCUACACUGGAACCAAGGAAGAGAUCUAUAUCCAACAGGAAUUUUCCAACUCCCAACUUCAUAAUUCUCACAUUGACAUUCAAACUUAUUACAACGAGAAACCACAGUGUUGUCCCCGAGUUUGUCCUCCUUGGGCUGUCAGCUGGCCCCCAGACCCAGGCUCUGCUCUUUGUGCUGUUCCUGGUGAUUUACCUCCUGACUGUGAUGGGAAACCUGCUGCUGCUGGUGGUGAUUAAUGCUGAUUCUUGCCUCCACACACCCAUGUACUUCUUCCUGGGACAAUUGUCCUUCUUGGAUCUCUGCCGUUCCUCUGUCACUGUACCUAAGCUGUUGGAGAACCUCCUGUCUGAGAAGAAAACCAUUUUGGUAGAGGGCUGCAUGGCUCAGGUCUUCUUUGUGUUUGCCCCUGGGAGCACUGAAUCCUCCCUGCUUGCUGUGAUGGCCUAUGACCGCUAUGUUGCUAUCAGCUCUCCUUUGCUCUAUGGCCAAGUGAUGAACAGACAGCUGUGUGCAGGGCUGGUGGGAGGCUCAUGGAGCUUGGCUUUUCUGGAUGCCCUCAUCAAUAUCCUUGUAGCUCUCAAUUUAGACUUCUGUGAGGCUCAAAAUAUCCACCACUUCAGCUGUGAGCUGCCCUAUCUCUAUCCUUUGUCUUGCUCUGAUGUGUCUGCAAGUUUUACCACCCUGCUCUGCUCCAGCUUCCUGCUUUUCUUUGGAAAUUUUCUCAUGAUAUUCCUGUCUUAUAUUUGCAUUUUGUCCACCAUCCUGAGGAUCCGCUCCACCACAGGCAGAAGCAAAGCCUUCUCCACCUGCUCCUCCCACCUCACUACAGUGAUUUUCUUUUAUGGCUCCGGAUUACUCUGCUAUCUCAUGCCAAAUUCAGGAUCCAUUCAAGAGUUGAUCUUCUCCUUGCAGUACAGCGUGAUCACUCCCAUGCUGAAUCCCCUCAUUUACAGCCUGAAGAACAGGGAGGUGAAGGCAGCUGUGAGAAGAACAUUGAGAAAAUAUUUCUAGUGUUUCAAUAGACUUAUGAAAUCAGAAUGAUGAGGGUACUGGAUAGAACUGCAACAAGCAGUGCAUGGACACUAGGA